CUCGCGUCCAAACUUAACCGUUUGAGAGAAAAGCGAUCAUGGGUUCGUGUUCUAGAAAUUUGUAUGCAGGAAUAGGUGAAGGGCAAUCAACCACUCGACCACCUCUUUUUGAUGGAACCAAUUAUACAUAUUGGAAAGAACGAAUGAGAAUCUAUAUUCGUUCCACGAACUUCCAAUUAUGGUUGGUUAUCAAAAAUGGGGAAGAGGUGCCGAUGAAGAAAGUUGGCGACAAGUUGAUCCCCAAGACCGAAGACGAGUUUGAUGCCGAGGACAUCAAAAAGGCCGAGAAUUAUGCAAAGGCAAUAAAUAUGCUUUAUUGUGACGUAAAUCCUGAUGACUACCGCAAGAUCUCCUGCUGCUCAACCGCCAAGGAGAUGUGGGAUAAACUUGAGGUGACGGAUCUUGUACGAAAGAUCCUAUGGAGCUUCACAUCCGAAUGGCGAUCUAAGGCCGAUGCCAUCUAUGAGUCAAUCGGCACACCAAAUGUCACCAUCGACGGUUUAAGAGGUAACUUAAAAACCUAUGAAUCUACUAUACUUAACCCGUCUUUGAAUGACCAAAGGAAAGGCAUAGCAUUAAAAGCCUUCAAAGAACCAACGAUGAAUGACUCAAGCGACGAUGAUGAAGUCAAGCUUGUCAUGAAGAAGUUUUGUAAACUUUUAAGAAAGAAAGAGAAGGUUGAGGAUGGCCCUGUGUGCUAUGGAUGUGGUGAAGCCGGGCACAUCAAGAACAAAUGCCCGAAAAGCGGAAGGAAUGCUCAGCACUUCAAAAGGCAAAGAGCAUACAUCUCCUGGGGUGGAGACUCCGGCGAUGAAUCAAGCGAACAAGAGGAAGAAGAGGAAGAAAAUCUUUGUCUCAUAGCUCAAGAAGAAGAGGAGUCCGCCAACAACAAAAACCAAGAG